UAGCUGCUUUUAUGUCGAGUCUGACGGCAGCUUCAUUUUUCUACAUGGUUUCGUCUGACCGCUUCAUCAUUCACUGGAAACUCAGAGUUCUGAUUUAAACAAUGCAUUAGAAGUGAAAACUGUGUAUUUACAAAAAACCUAAAACUAUUUUAAAAGCUUAACUGCAGCAAAGACGAAAGGAUCACCGGGAUUAACACUCGGAACAGUGGAACAGACACGAAAUUCCAAAGUGCAGAGGUGAAAACAUCUGGAGUGUGAACUACAGUCUUUUCAGUGGAGAUGCAGCGCUCGGUGUGGUUAAUGCUGGUGACCCUGUGGGUGUCACAGACUGUGGAGAGCUGCCCCGACGUGUGUUCAUGCUCCAGGACGUCUGAUUCACAGAAGUCAGCGGUCAGCUGUCAAAAGAAGGGUCUCGACAGUUUCCCCUCCAAUCUGCCUCCAGAUGCUUGGAUCCUCAAACUUGGUGAGAAUGAUAUCACAGACCUGCAGGCUGAUGCUCUGAACUUGGUUCCAAACGUCGAGAGUAUCCUCCUGGAACACAACGCCAUCAAAACAAUCCACCCCCAGGCCUUCUCUGGUGCAGUGCACCUGAGGCUUCUCAAUCUGGAGAGGAACCACAUCACCAAACUUCCACCUAGAGGAUUCAAGGAUCUCCUGAACCUUCGCUUCCUUAUGCUCGGACAAAACCAGAUUGGCCUCCUCAAAGCGGACAUGUUUGCUGGCAUGAAGAACCUGUCAGAUCUUGACCUUCCGCUCAAUUCGUUGACCUCGCUCCCACCUAAUGCAUUCAAGCAUCUCACUUCCCUCAAAGUUCUGGACCUUUCUCUGAACGUCAUUCAAAGAAUGUCCCCAAAGGCCUUCACUGGCCUCCAGCAGCUCAUGUUUCUCAACCUGGACAAUAACAGUCUGAAGACCAUUCCUGCUGGAGCAUUCAAGCCCCUGCGAUCUCUAGAGAUGCUGGUUCUAGAUAACAACCUUCUGUCCUCACUGAAGCCGUCAGCUUUGGAUGGUCUGGACAACUUGCAGGAACUCUACCUGCGGAAGAACAAUCUGGAGCAGCUGCUCCCUGAUGUGUUCAGCAACAUGCCCAAGCUUUCUCAGCUGGCUCUCAGUGGAAACCGCCUGAAGACUGUGAAUGGAAACAUGUUCAUCCAUAUGCCGAACCUGAGGAAGCUGCAUCUCCAUGACAACCCGUGGCGGUGUGACUGUAACCUCAGCUCCUUGGUGCAGUGGCUGAAGCAGACGAAGGCCGCCCUGUCUCCUCGGACAGCCAUGAGAUGUCUUAGUCCUCCGGAGCUCCAAAACAAAAUCCUCAGCAGUCUCGGCGAUGACAAACUGCUCUGUCAUGUCUAAGACCAGAACAUGUCAAAGACCAUGACCUGGGCUCUGACCGCAGAUCCAGAUAAACUUUUAUUUACUUACUUUACUUUGUAACCUAUUUUCUUUUUAGAGAGAGAGAGAGAAUUUAUUUGUUGUGGGAUUUCUCAGAGCUGAAAAAAAGUCAAUAUGUAUUUAUUUUAAGAAUAACACAUUGACAUGUUCAGCUAUAGAAACUUUGGUUUGAGUUAUAGAUGUAGCUUCAUCUCAUACUGUAGCAUGAAACUCUUCAAUAGUAAAAGUAUGAAAACGCUUGAGACCGGCAAACCACUGGUGAUAUAUGCAAAUGCUGUCCUUGACUAAUUCAGUAUUGAGAUUAAAGGCUAUAAUAUUGAUUGCCAGUAGGUGUUGAAUUUGUGGAUUGGUAAAACGGAUCUGAGACACUUUGGUUGGUGCAUUGCUUGCAUGUCAAAGUUUACUUUUUCCCUCUCAAAGGCUUAAUUUGUUAACUUUGGCUAAAGGCCAUCACUCCUAGACACAGUUGGGAAAGAGAGGAGUGAACAGACGAGUUCCCUGGGCAAAUUUUCCACACUGUGAAAUCCCUCUGCACUGUUUUACUGGUCUUAGUAGCCAUGAUAACUCCCCUCCCAGCUCCCAACAUAAGCUUUGUUACUUCUAGACCAGAUGGACUGUCUGUAUUCUGGCCUGGAGCCACUUAUUUGGCAGUUGAUAUUCAAAGAACUGACUGAAGAAACAACAUAACUG